UAGUUUAAGUCAGAUUAUGGAAUCACGUUGAAUGUUUGAUGAUAUAUUAUCAUUUGCAGAUUAUAUUGGGAUCAUCCUCAGUAGCACGGCGCAAGAUACUAUCUGAAAUGGGGUACGAAUUCACGAAAAUGACUGCUGAUAUUGAUGAGAAGAGCAUCCGAAAGGAAACUCCUGAAGAGCUGGUUAUGGCUCUAGCUGAAGCCAAGGCUAAUGCCAUCAUAUCAAAACUUCAAACUACCAGUAACCAAGAGAGGGUUGAUGAAUCAAUGAUUUUAAUUGCGGCAGACACAGCAGAAGCUAUCUUACAGAAGCUCCCUGUUGAUGACUACCUAAAGGAUGCUGAGCCAACAUUAUUAAUUACUUGUGACCAAGUGGUGGUCUAUGACGGUGUGGUUAGGGAAAAACCAUCUAGCAAAGAAGAAGCUCAGCAAUUCUUGAAAGAUUAUUCUGGGGGGCAUGCAGCAACUGUGUCAUCCGUUCUAGUUACAAACCUCAAAACCGGAUUCAGAAAAGGAGAAUGGGAUCGUGUGGAUAUCUAUUUCAACGAAAUACCCAAUGAAAUAAUUGAGAAGCUGGUUGAUGAGGGUGUUACUCUCAAUGUUGCUGGUGGGCUGCUAAUAGAGCAUCCUUCGAUAUUACCAUUUGUCAGAGAAGUGGUAGGGACAACAGAUAGUGUGAUGGGACUUCCAAAAGCUGUGACUGAAAGACUCUUAAAGGAGGCUAUGUAGCCUGAGCUACUGACCCACUUUAUUGAAUUACUUGGUAGGGACAGAAGAUAAUGUGAUGGGACUUUCCAAAACUAUGACCAAAAGAAAAUGAGUCCUUGUAGCAAGCUAUUGUCCCACCUUGCAAGAUUAGUUGGUAAUAGCUUUGAUUACUGUCCUUAAUUCUCUAUAUUUAUCCAACCAAAUUCAUUGUUGUCUUAUAUGGUAGCAGUUAUCUUUUUGCUGGAAUGGGGUGUAUUUUUGUCAGUUAUGUUAACUUUUUAUUGGGUAUUAUGAUUAUUUUAUGCUCAUAUUUUACUUGAGACUUUAGGUUAUUUUUUCACCAUUAAUUGGAUAAAGAAUAUUAUUUCGA